AUGACGGAGGACUUUCCCCAGCGGCGGCGGCCAGUCCCCACGGGCAGAACCAGCUCUACUUCCGGCCUGCCGCCCUCCACUAUUAUUACUGCUUCAACAACUACGCCAACAACCACCGCCAACGACCAUUCUCUCUUCUCCUCGGCCACAACGGCGACUGCUACGGCUUUUGCUUUCGCAUCCCCUACUGCUACAGCUCCAUUUCCUCUCUCCACCACCACCACCACCACCACCCUUCACCCUCGAACUCGAUCCCGGUCGCAGCCCUACGCCCCAUCCUCUUCUCUCCCCAUCGCUCUUCUGUCCUCCCACCUCUCCUCCACCUUAGACCGUCGGCCAGUCCGUGCCCACGAGGGAGGUUUCGUGCACCCCGCCUCCUUUCUCCGGCCGCGAGGUCUGUCACAACCAAUGCCCCCAGCUCAGCCCGAGAGGGCCAUCGAUCGGGAAGAGCGUCAGGGCCUACGUGCCAUCCGCAACUUCCUCAAAGUCCGUACCAGUUACGAUGUCCUCCCCCUUAGUUUCCGACUCAUAAUCUUCGACACUUCAUUGUCCGUCAAGGAGAGCUUGAACAUCCUCAUCCAAAAUGGCAGGUGUAUCGUCUCGGCUCCGUUAUGGGAUUCCAAGGCCUCGACCUUUGCCGGUCUUUUGACCACCUCCGACUACAUCAACGUCAUCCAAUACUACUUCCAGAACCCGGCUGCGCUGAACCAGAUCGACCAAUUCCGGCUCGACAGCCUCCGAGAGGUGGAAAAGGCAUUGGGCGUCGCUCCUCCCGAGACGAUAUCGAUCGACCCUGAACGUCCCCUCUAUGAGGCCUGUCGGCGCAUGCUGGAGUCGCGCGCUCGCCGUAUUCCCCUCGUCACAUAUGACAGUCAAACCGACCGCUCUCUCGUUCUCAGCGUCGUUACUCAGUAUCGCAUUCUCAAGUUCGUUGCGGUCAAUGUCCCCGACACCCAGAAGCUGCGCAAGCCGCUUGGUGAGAUCUUGCUGGGCUCUUACCAGAAUGUCGCAACGGCAUCCAUGGAUACCCCUGUCAUUGAUGUCAUUCAUAUUUUGGUCGAGCGGAGCAUAUCCAGUGUGCCGAUUGUGAAUUCCGAGGGAGUGGUCUACAAUGUAUUCGAAGCUGUUGAUGUAAUCACCCUGAUCAAAGGCGGGGUGUAUGAUGAUCUCAGCCUGACAGUCGGAGAGGCGUUGAAAAAGCGAUCUCCAGAUUUUCCGGGCAUCUACACGUGCUCCUUAAAUGAUGGUCUGGACACCAUCUUCGACACUAUUCGCAAGUCUCGCGUCCACCGCCUGGUUGUGGUGGAUGAGAACUUCCGGCUCAAGGGCGUCCUGACCCUGAGCGACAUCCUGCAGUACAUCCUCCUUGAGGGCGAGACUGAUGAGCUAUCAUGAAUUGAUGUUUAACUUCUUGAUUUACCCUUUCUACUGGAGCCACAGUGUUGCCAAUAUACUCACAAUUGCAUAGGAUGGCGUUUCUCGUUUGGGGCUAGUGUCGGUGUCGGAGCCUCUCCCACGGGGUUCGACAGAUGGUAGCUUACUUGUUACCAGCUCAUGUUCUUCUUUUUUUUUUCUCUAUUCCGUCUCUUUCCAACUCACGAUGCAAAAGUAAACCUACAUGCUAUCAUAUAGGGUCUACACAUGUUCUUCGAUCGGUCUCCCCGCCGCGAGCGGCAAGGGGGCCGGGAACCUAGCAUUGGCGCUAGGAUUGACAACAAUAGAUUUCAUUGCUUGUAUGACUCUCUCGCACUCUCAUGAUCCACUCUGAUUCGAUGUUGCUAUUGACCUGUAUGUUGUAUCUUUGUACUUGUUCAACUGUAGUGUCCAGUGUCUUUGCGAUGGAAGUUGACAGCAGGACAUGGCCGCUCUUU